CGGCGCGAGGCGCAGAUCGUCGGGUCCCUCAUGGCGGCACCGUUGCUUCACACGCGCUUCCCCGGAGAUGGGGCCGUUGCGGCCUCCGCGGUCCCGACGCUGGGUGCCUCGAGGCCGGGGAUUUCAGAUAUGCUUGCAUUAGAAAAUGAUUUCUUCAAUUCUCCACCGAGAAAAACUGUUCGGUUUGGUGGAACCGUGACAGAAGUCUUGCUGAAAUACAAAAAGGGUGAAACAAGUGACUUUGAAUUGUUGAAGAACCAGCUGUUAGAUCCAGACAUAAAGGAUGACCAGAUCAUUAACUGGUUACUGGAGUUCCGCUCUUCCAUCAUGUACUUGACCAAAGACUUUGAGCAACUUGUCAACAUUCUGUUGCGACUGAAGUGGUUGAACCGAAGUCCCGCUGUGGUGGAGGAGUAUCUGGCUUUUCUUGGCAACCUCGUGUCAGCACAGACCGUCUUCCUCAGACCCUGUCUCAGUAUGAUCGCUUCUCAUUUUGUGCCUCCCCGAGUGAUUGUAAAGGAAGGUGAUGUGGAUGUCUCGGAUUCUGAUGAUGAAGAUGAUAAUCUUCCUGCAAAUUUUGACACAUGUCACAGAGCCUUGCAAAUUAUAGCAAGAUAUGUCCCAUCGACACCGUGGUUUCUUAUGCCAAUACUGGUAGAAAAAUUUCCAUUUGUUCGAAAAUCAGAGAGAACUUUGGAAUGUUAUGUUCAUAAUUUAUUGAGGAUUAGUGUCUAUUUUCCAACCUUGAGGCAUGAAAUUCUGGAGCUUGUUAUUGAAAAGCUACUCAAAUUGGAUGUGAGUGCAUCCCGGCAGGAUAUUGAAGAUGCUGAAGAAACGGCACCCCAGGCUGGCAGCGGGACUGAUGCCCCAGAAGUCCUGUUCAACAUGGAUGAAGAUGAAGAAACUGAGCACAAUGCAAAGCCUGAAAGGCCUGAUGAGAUGCUUCACCCUGUAGCGGAGCGCUUGGACCUCCUCCUGUCUCUCCUCUUCUCCUAUAUUAAAGAUGUCUGCUACGUAGACGGAAAGAUUGAUGUCAAGAAAACCAAGGAUUUAUAUCGCGACCUAAUCACGAUUUUCGACAAACUCUUGCUUCCCACCCACGCUUCUUGCCAUGUGCAGUUCUUCAUGUUUUACCUGUGUAGUUUUAAACUGGGAUUUGCAGAAGCGUUUUUGGAACAUCUUUGGAAGAAAUUGCAGGAUCCUAAUAAUCCUGCCAUCAUCAGGCAAGCAGCUGGAAAUUACAUUGGAAGCUUUUUGGCACGAGCUAAAUUUAUUCCUCUUAUAACUGUAAAGUCAUGCCUGGAUCUCUUGGUUAACUGGCUACAUCUGUACCUAAACAACCAGGAUUCUGGAACAAAGUUAUUCUGCGACGUGGCACUCCAUGGGCCGUUUUAUUCUGCCUGCCAAGCUGUCUUCUAUACAUUUGUCUUUAGGCAUAAGCAGCUCCUGAGUGGAAACCUGAAGGAAGGUUUGCGAUACCUUCAAAGUCUCAAUUUUGAGCGGAUAGUGAUGAGCCAGCUCAACCCUCUGAAGAUUUGUUUGCCCUCGGUGGUCAACUUCUUUGCUGCUAUCACAAAUAAAUACCAGCUGGUUUUCUGCUACACCAUCAUUGAAAGGAACAAUCGCCAAAUGCUGCCGGUGAUCAGAAAUACAGCGGGAGGGGACUCGGUGCAGACGUGCACGAACCCGCUUGACACCUUCUUCCCCUUCGACCCCUGCGUCCUGAAGAGGUCCAAGAAAUUCAUUGAUCCUCUUUAUCAGAUAUGGGAAGACAUAAGUGCAGAAGAACUUCAAGAAUUCAAGAAGCCAAUGAAGAAGGAGAUGGUGGAAGAUGAAGAUGACGACUUUUUGAAAGGCGAAGUUGGCAUCACGCCGAAUUCCUUCGAUGCUCAUUUCCGGAGCCCUUCCAGUAGUGUGGGGUCCCCUCCUGUCUGGUACAUGCCUGACCAGUCCCCUCGGAUUGCAAGGGUUUGUGACUGAGAGCUCGCAGCCUCCUUCUGCCCUGUGCCUGUCAGCCCUUGGGUCCUGACUAAGCAAGCGUCACAGUAAACUGGCAGAGUCCGAGCUGCUGCCUCUGGUUCCAGCUAGAACUGACUCGUGCAUCCAGACAGACAUUCUGUGCUUCCCCACAAGCAGAAGGACUCGCAUGUGCAAUAUUUUCCAGUGGAGUUGAGAAUCAGUGUGGGAGAUUGGGCUGCUUUGGCUCCUGUAAAGCUAUACUUAAUUACAUUUUUUUAUUGUUCAUAUUGCAAGGCUUAUUGAGAUGAUUAUUGUGAAAUUUCUAACAUGAAGGACUGUUUGGGAACAGCCUUUGUAACUGGUCAGAGCCAUAGCCCUAGGACUUUGCAGUGAAAAACCCUUUAGCAACCUAUUCUAAGACUUGGCUGUACAUGUGUUGAGGAGCCGCUGGAACUGUAUUUCUGUUGUUGGGAUUUCCGUGGGGCAAGGGGAGUCAGGAGCUGGGGCAAUGGCUGGAGCAAGGUCCAGGACACUAGAGCUCAGCUCUCCAGGGUCUUCAGAGUCAGUGGAAGCCUGGAGAGGAAGAGACAGUUCCCUGGGAAGAUGGAUGGGGCAGACAGUAGUUCUUCCUGUGACAGCUCCUGCUGCAGGGACCGGAGGUCAGGCUGGGUGUUAUCUGCACAGCAUGACUAGUUCUCUGUGAGGCCUGAGACCAUGUCUUUGGAAGGUGAGGUCACACUCUGGUUUGCUUGUGAGCCACAGUUCAGUCAGCCUUACAGUUGAAGAUUUUUCUUUUGUCCAGACAAGCAGGAAGGGAGCAAGCGGCACAAGGGGAGUUGGUGGUUGUUUUUUUUAUUUUAUUUUAGUAACUGUAGUUCAGGAUCACAGCUGCCUGCUGCUCUGAGCUUAGAUUCGGCUCUUUUUCUGUUUUUAUAAACACAGAAAGAAGUCUAAAGUCUUCCACCACUGAACACACUGUGUAAACACCAUGGGAGUCAUUUUGGAUCUCAUGUAUUUUAGUUUCAUUUUUUUUUUUGUCCUUUUUUUGUGAGUCAUACAAAAUGGAUGUCUUUAACCAUAUUUAUUUUUUUUCUGCCACUUUAUUUAAGGAUAAGCAGUAUUCUCUCCCACUUUCCUUGGUCAUAAAUAUUUUGUACUGAGAUACUAUGUAUAUAUGCUUGUAUAACUGUUGAUGGUAGCAGAGAGUUUAAAUUUGUCUGUAAAUAUGUUUUUGGGAAAAGAGAAAUUUUGCUGCUUUGCAAAAUUUUGGAUGGUGGUAUCUUGGUGGGAAAUAUCUGAGAAUUCAAAGGUUUUAUGGUUGUGGAAUUUUUAAACAUCUGUGAAAAAG